UGUACGACCCUAGCUCAUGCUACUGAAACGAAGCUAACCAUUCAAUCAAGGACGAUUUAUUCAAUACAUUUCGUUAAAGUUGCCCAUUUGGACAACAGUUCAAAGUCUAACUUAAAACAGUCGUUAUACGGAAUAUCACAAAAGGGACUGAUUUAGACCUGGGACACCAGGUGUUCCAAGAAAUUAUCACUUAGAACACCAAACCAGCAGGCUCCGGACCUCGUAGGGAUGGCUGCAGACUGGUUGGGUAGUCUGGUGUCGAUAAACUGCGGAGCAACGCUAGGGGUGUACCAAGGCGAGGUGUCGUCUGUGGACCAGUCCAGUCAGACCAUCUCCCUCAGACAGCCCUUCCACAAUGGAGUCAAGUGCCCUGUGCCCGAGGUCACUUUUAGUGCCAUGGACAUCAAGGAGCUGAAGGUCCUGGACAUAGGUAGUAGCAGAGGUGGUGUGGUUCAGAAGAGCAGCGCUCCAGUCUCGGUCCCACACAUAGGAGACCACAGGACCCAGGAGAGGCUGGCUUCACCACAGCAGCAGUGCUCUACAAGCUCUGGAGAUAAACACCUGGAGGUGUCAGGCCAGCCCAAGGGCUUCAGACGGAGACACAACUCCUGGUCGUCCAGUAGUCGGGGCGCCAACCAGGUCACCCCCAAGAAGAACGGAGGAGGAGGAGGAGGAUGGGGUCAGAGGCAGCACAGGGACGAUGAGUGUUUCGGGGGCAAUAUGGACGACAGCCUGGACACAGACUUUGACUUCGAGGGGAACCUGGCGCUGUUCGACAAAGCGGCCGUGUUCUCACAGAUCGACGGGUCGGAUCGCCACGGUAACGGGGCCCGGUCACGCGCUAUGCCGCAGGUGCAGACGUCGUCGCAAUACCGUCACAAUGACAACAUUCUAGAGACCAAACCUGUGGGGUACAGGCAGAUACUUGUCCCACAUCCUGGGGAUAAAGAGUAUUGCACUGAUUGGGGCCUGGUGGUGCCUAGUAUUUCCUACGAGCUGCACAAGCGUCUGUUGUCAGUAGCUGAGCGUCAUGGCCUCUCAUUGGAGAGGAGGCUGGAGAUGACAGGUGUUUGUGCCAGUCAGAUGGCCCUGACGCUGCUGGGCGGGCCCAACAGACUGACCCCUAAGAACGUCCACCAGCGGCCCACCGUAGCGUUGCUCUGCGGCCCCCAUGUCCAGGGAGCUCAGGGCAUCAGCUGUGGUCGUCACCUGGCCAACCACGAGGUGGAGGUUAUACUCUUCCUGCCUAAUUUCGUCAAGGUGCUGGACGCCGUCGCCAGCGAGCUCACCCUCUACAGUAAGACGGAGGGCAAACGGGUCUCCAGUAUUAAAGAGCUUCCCGACAGCCCUGUGGACCUGAUCAUCAACUGCUUGGAUUGCCAUGAGAACACCUUUCUGAUGGAUCAGCCAUGGUACCGGGCCGCUGCAGACUGGGCCAACCAGAACAGGGCUCCCGUGCUCAGCCUGGAUCCUCCAGUCAGCGGACAGGGCCAUGCCGUAGAGGCCAAGUGGACCCUGUCCCUGGGUCUGCCGCUCUCGCUGUCGGAGGGCGCCGGCAGGGUCUACCUGUGCGACAUAGGUGUUCCCAGACAGGUGUUCCAGGAAGUAGGGAUCAAGUAUCAUUCUCCGUUCGGGUGUAAGUUUGUGGUGCCGUUGCACUCUGCGUAACUGGGUUGUUAUUCAUUAGGCACCAAACGGAAGAAAACGGACUGGAACAAGGAGGGAGGGACAAUCUGAACUUGUCCAAUAAGAAAUGCUUGUUUUUGUUUUCAAAACGUUUUGCAACGGUGUGCCUUAAUGAAUAUGCCCCUGGACUGCCAUGACAUUUGAUCUUAGACUGAACUUUGAACUCUCACCCUGACCAUACAGGUCACUUCAGUAGGUGCGAAACGGAAGAAAACUGUAAAAAAAAAAAAAAGUUCCCUAAUGAACACAACCUAGGUUUGGGGGAAUCAACCAGAGCAAGCCUUAAGUUCCAGACUUUUAACUAAGUGUUAAAAAGCAUGAAUCCUUUUAUCCCUCAUGCAGUUACAUGAUGUGUUGGAGAAGUCUUGUCCCUCGUACAUUCAGUACCCUGUGUGGUACAACACCUCUCCAGGACUGAGCAGUGGUAUGAGAGGGAGGGGAGUAUUGUGAAGACUUGGCCUGAGGCAUGGCUGUAGAGACUUCUAUGACUGUAGAUUCCUAUGACUAGAUUAAUGACUGUAGAUUCCUAUGACUGUAGAUUCACCUCAGAAAAUGUUGGGGAGGGAGAUACCUUCACACUGUUGGAGAUGGAGAAAUUGGAGUUUGAUGUGGUCGAAGAAAAGAGGAGAGCAAAGGCUGUCAAUGUCACCGGCCCAAAGGGCUCUCCCCAGUCCAGGGGAGCAAGUACGCUGCCGACAGGAACCGUCACAGGCCUAAGGAGUCCAAAGCCAUGUCUCAGGGCAAUAGGAUUACUUUGUUUAAUGUGAUCUCAGAACAAUUGUCUUCUUUGUUUAUAUUUUUUUAUUUUAUGUUUUUGUUCCCCUUUGGAAUGUUUAGCAUGUUCCAUGCUACUAACUAGAGGCAGGGGGAAAAAACCUUGUUUAUGAUUUUAAUGUCAUUGUAUGUCCUGAUAUUGUUAUGUCAUGCUAGUAUGUCAUGAUACUGUUGACUAUAAAGACUCGGGUCACCUUCUCUGUUGAAGUUAUA